GACAAUCAUGCCUCUUCUCAAUCUCCGUCUCCUAAAGUACAGGUAUUAGUCGAUGAAACGCUAGUCAAAGAAGAAAUGGAAGAACCUCUUAGUACCAACCAAGAUGAUGGGAUGGAUUAUGGCUCUCUAGGAAGUGAUUCCAGAUUAGAGGGAUCGUGUGGUGGUGAAGGAGACGAUAAUGCUAGUCUGAUGAUACCUAACAAAUAUGAACAAAAUGUUGCCACGUCUCAAGCACAGCCCCUUCCAGAGGCUGUGGUGGAGGCAUUAGCUGGACCCUCAGGGAUGCAGGGGUGGCUCGGAGGAUGUGAUGUCCCCAGUGGGUUUUCCGGAAUGGAAGGCUACAGUGGGGACGGUAGCCAGGAGGUCCACCAGCCCCCACAAGGUCCUGCAGGAGCACAAGCACAGCAAGCACACCAGAUGGUGGGGCUGGGCAGAGACAUGACUGGCAAACGAGGACCCCCGGGCGUCAUCAGCUUGAUGCAACAUAUCUCUGAUCUACCGUACAGCAUGAAGGACACGCCUAUGAGUCACAGGUGUAACCAUGGUGGGGAGAGCUCCUCCUGCCUUAAAUGUGCCCACCAGAUAAGGCAGAGGCCCAUGGGAGGCCGUGGAGCUGCAGCACUUGGGAAAAACCUGAACUCCACCGUUAAAGUUCAUCAGUGUCCAUAUUGUGCUUAUACCACCAAUUUUACUACAAACCUAAUCAAUCAUAUGAGAACGCAUACGGGUGAAAAGCCAUUUUCUUGCCCUCACUGCCCCUACAGAGCAAAUCAAAGAACCAACCUCAGAAUGCACAUGCGUACUCACACAGGGGAGAAGCCAUAUGCCUGUGCCCAGUGCCCCUAUCGUUCCUCUCGGAAGGAUGCCCUAAAAAGUCACAUGUUAAAACAUGCCACAAGAGAUAUUUCAUAAUAACCAUAGACUUGUUUUUGGAAGUAGGGUAUUUGUACUACAUGGUAAAACUCACGUAUUAUUCAUUUUAUAUAACAUACAUCUUUAAAUGUUGUAAAAAUUCAGAUAACUAGAUUUCCUAAGUUGAGCAUAUUAUAUGAAUGAAGUGGUUAGGAA